AAUAUUCCACGGCGAGAAUUUUCAUCGCGAACGAAGUUAUUUAAAUUACCAUGAGUUUGGAAGAAGUUAUUAACGCAUAUUUUGUAACUACUAAUUCCGGUGUCAAAAAUGCUGAGGGAGAGAACAAAAGUGAAAAGGAUUUCGCAAAAGCUCUUAAUUAUCUGAAAAACAACAUACCCGAGGAGAAUAUUAGGCAAAUAAAAUCUAGUGGAGGCUUCCCACUAAUAGCCUCCGGUAAACUUACGAAAAAAGAUGUAUUUGUUUUCGACCGUUUCGAGGGGGACUUUUUUGACCAGCUCCAACAGACAAAGAGUUUGAUUGUCGGAGCCCCCUGCUUGAUUCGUUGUUUGAUGAACAAUGAAGCCAUACCGUUGGGUACAAGUCCAGUGUACACUACGGCUAUGCGCGAUUUGCAAAUUUCAGCAACGGGUAUUGCAUCACAAGAGAAGGAACGCCUAAAGACUUUAAUUGAAUGGAUGGGUGGCCACUACUUUCAAAACUUUGGUCGUUCCAUAACCCAUCUAAUAUCUAAUACUAUCAAAUCCAAUAAAUAUGAACACGCCACCCUUAAUGGUAUACCGGUGAUGCAUGUCGAUUGGGUUCAACGUGUUUGGGAAAGGAGUUGUAAUGAUGAUAUUAUAGCAACUGAUGAAGAAUUUGAAAAAUAUAAGCUGCCAAUAUUCUUUGGCGUGAAUGUAACCUGUACUGGCAUAGAGACAGAUCAAAGGAAUGAGAUUAUGCGUUUAGUUAAUGAUAACGGAGGAACUUAUCAACGCGACUUUCGAUCCCAUUCAGUAGACAUUGUUAUUACUAAGAAAGAUAAAACCGAUUCCGAGAAAUACAAGGCGGCUGUUCGUUAUAAAAAGGACAUUUUAAUACCAGAAUGGAUAUUUGAUAGCGUUCAAAAAGGUUUUGCUCUGCCUCCACAAAAGUAUAAAGUUAAGUCGUUAAAAGUUUCCACACCCACAAAGGAUAAUCAAAGUAUCGCAGAUUUUAUAAAUAGUGACAACACACAAUUGUCCGAUUUAUCACGAAUUAGUGCCAUUGGAAAUAAAUUUGUCAGCAACGAACUUUCCACGGUGAAUGAUACAAUUUCUUCUGCUAUGAAUGAUACGCAACGAUUUGCAGUCCCAGCUCCUAUACCCACAAAAGAGUUAAGAAAGGAUGUUCUUAAAAAAACUACAAGUGGUUCUCAUUAUCGUGAGAUUUUUGAAGACAUAAAUCCCAAAGAAGCUAAAAAAGCUGGUCAUUUUUUGGAUGGUUGUUGUGUGUAUCUAAGUGGGUUUCAUUCUGAAGAAAGAGAAAAAUUGAAUCGCAUAUUGAAUGCUGGCGGGGCCACGCGUUAUGAUGCGAUCAAUGAAGAGCUUACUCAUAUUAUUGUAGGACAGCUAGAUGACCAUGAAUUCAAUUCAUGGAAAGCUAACAACUUACUAGCAGGUGUUCAUAUAGUUCGUUUGGAAUGGUUAUUAGAAAGUAUAAAACAUAAACAACCUGCCAGUGAAGUUAUAUAUCGUGUUUCGUUGCCCACUGCCCGAGAACCGGAUGCUCCUUCACCUUCUUCGAAAAGAACUUUACGUUCAAUGAAUCACAGUUUUAGGCAGACACAGAAACCGAUACGGAAAAUAUUAUUUCUUGAGGAGAACGAAAAAAAUGAAAGCCAAAUAUCGCCCUUGCUUACACCACUAGCCUCUUCUACCGAACAAGUACCCAGUGCGGAAGAGCGAGUUUUAAUUGCUCAGUAUUCUCAAGAAAAUAUUCCUGCAGCAGUAAUACCUGUGGCUAACCCAAUAGAUCAAUUGAACCGAAAUGGUUCGGCUGGGAAUUCCUCAACAGGCGGCUCGGUUAAGGAACGCCCUGCUCCACCUGUAGCGUCAGCUGUAGCAGCUGCUCCUAUUCAACCGAACUCCGUUAAUCUCACAGAUAGUACUGGUAUGACUAUAGAUACGGAGAAUUUGGAUUUCUUUAAAGGCAUGUCGUUGUACAUAGAUAAGAAUAAUUUUCUUGAAGAAUUUUAUUCACAAAUGGUUAACGAGUGUGAAGGAGCUCAUGGUAAUGUUGUACCGUCUACUUUUCAAGAUACAGUAGAUUACGCAAUCGUUCCAUUUGAACACACUUUUGACCCAAAAACAUUACCGGUUAAAGCUAAACACAUAGUAACGGAACUGUAUGUGGAAAGUUGCAUGAAAGUCAACAAACUUGUACCCAUCGAAUACUAUCAUAAACACAUACCCGUAACGGCGAACAAUCAACCCUUGGAAGGUAUGAUUAUUGUCAUUUCAGUUUACACUUUACUCGAAAGAGAUUUCAUUGAAACCGUUGCUCAGUUGAUGGGUGGAACAGUUAAUAAAACAUUUGUGAAGAAAGAGAAACCAUUAUUGAUAUGCCCUUCACCUGAAGGAUCAAAAUAUGAGGGAGCUAUUAAAUGGCGUUAUCCAGUAGUUACAUCAUCGUGGUUAACGGAUUGCGCUAAGAAAGGUAAGAAGCUACCUUAUUUGGAAUAUUUAGUGGGUGAUAGUCCUGAAGAUUUUCCUCCAUCGCCAAAUUUACGGGGCAAACCAAUCGAUAAACCGAUACGAACACCUUUAGCAAAUAUAGAAUUAGAUGCUAAUCCAAAUCAGAACGAUUUGGAAACGCCAGGUGCGUCAUCCGGUAAUAGAUCGAAUAUUGUCGAUGCUUUUACUCCUUUACGUAAUAAACGUGUAUCCGAAUUGGCUGGCACGAGCCAUAUAAGUAGAUUAUCAAGUGGCUCCAGCCCAGAGUCGCCGCAUACUCCCGCGGACAACUACAAUAGGCCUUCAUAUAACUUUGAUUUUAUGGAGAAAAUUCUGUCUGAAAUAGAGGAUGAAGAUGAGCGUGAAUGUCUUAGAGAGGUUAUCAAUGAUAUGAAAAUUAAUCAGACACCGGAAUUGGAACGUAUUAGACGUCAAGCCUGCACCCCGAUUAAUAGAAAAAUACCUACACCUAAGGGUAUACCGGAUUUUUGCACUACGCCCGAAUUCAAAAAACGUAUGGCAGAUGAGUUUGAAAGGCGUUGGCGUUUGCCCACAAAAAAACUGAAACCUGAUACACCCAUUGAAGUAAUACGUAAACGAGUGAUUUUAGCCACAGCUAAAGCAUUGGGUAUACCAUGCGGUGAUGAAAAUGAAAAUGAAGAGCAACCCGAAUCCUCAAGGAAUUACAUGACACCGAUUACGCGCUUAACAACGAACAGCAACACUAACACUCCCCUACAGUGCAGUAAUAUAUCAAAAGCCACUGGAGCACCGCGUUCUAUAUUCGAUCAAAAUGCAACGAAUUUAACUACAACGAAUAUAUCGAUAAAUUUAAAUCGAGUGGAAACACGCCCAUCUGAUACAUUUGUGCCGAAUACCCAAAGCCCUAGUGGUAUAGGUCAACGGGCUUCGCUUGGUGGCAAGUCAACCAUAAAUUUCGAUAAAAUCAGUUUCGAAGAAACCUCUUUGGGUGAAAAUGUCACAAUCACAGAUAACAAUCAAGGUGCCGUUCCAGCUAUGAAAACUCCCGAGAUUAAGCAGAUUACCGAUUAUUUACGUAAUUGCGAUACUCGACGUCAAAGUUUAAAGCGUUCCCGCGUCAGCAGUGAGCGUCAACCAGCAACUUUGGAUGGAAUGAUGGAAACUGAGGGGCAUUAUGUGCAACCAUUUGAAUCAGAGCAAUUAGCUACCGAUGAUAUGGUUGGCUGGCGCGAUCCGGGGGAAUUUGAUGGCCAAAGACGUUCAAAGGUAGCAGAAACGACAAUGCAAUUCAAGGGCACCCCACGUUUUAGUAUAUCCUGUUCGAAUGAACAAAUACGCGAUAAUGUUAUAAGCAAAAUUAUGCAGCUGGGUGGUGAGAUUUGCGAUAAUUUAGUAAAUUUUGAUCCUGAAUGCACGCACUUUUUAUGUGAACGUCCAAAUCGCGGUGAGAAAUUUUUAGGUUGCAUUUCUUCGGGUAAAUGGAUACUUAGCUUAAAGUACAUUGAAGAGUGUUUUGCCAAGGACAGAUUUAUUGAUGAAGAACUUUACGAAUGGGGCAAUUGUAAGGCACUCAAUCUGCCUCAGUUAACGCCCGAAGAUCAAAUUAUAGCCUUAGCAGCGUAUAGAUGGCGCAAAGACUUAUCCUCGACUUUAACGAAUGAUCGCAGAGGCGCAUUUAGCGGCAUACGAGCCAUAUUACGGAUAUCGGGUCGUAAUGUUGACGCCUUAAAAAAUGUGAUUAAAGCCGGUAAGGGUGAGAUUAUUGAGGCGAAAUCACCUUAUUCUCAAUAUGCAACAGUCGGCUCAGCUACUCACUGUUUUGUGGAUCAUAAAAAAUUUCCAUUGCACCGCGAUGAUUAUCAAUUUCUCAAGAGUUGCGAUAUUUUCAUAUUAUCACAAAUGUACAUUAAUUCAUUUUUAAUGCAAGGCCCCGAAGUAGAUAUGUCGGCUUUUGAAAUUAAAAUGUAAUCGAUUAUCUUAGAAAUGCGAUACUUUCUUGAGAAAAGAUAUUCUUGAAUUUGGAUUUCACCUAACAAAAAAUGUAUUAUUAUUAUUAUUAUUAUU